CACAUCCAACCCAACUGCCCAUCGAAGCGUCCACCUCUACGACUCAACACCCAAAGGAAUCAACCUCUGACUGAAGAACAUCCUCGCUGUUCAAUACGCGAUCUUCGCAAAUCCCUUUCGUCUUUCCAGUUCAACUCUUCAUCGGUUCGAUUUCCAGCGAGUGGCUACGGGUCUUGUCUCCCUCCCCUUUCUUCCGACCGGCCGACCUUCCCUUACCCUUCGUCUCACACGCCAGCACCGGCACUCUUGGGUUCGAAGCUCAGCUAUAGGCAAUCCAGAAACCUUCUCUCAAACAAGCUAGUUAUUUACGAUUGCUCUCGUUCGAUGAGUGCAUAGCUUUCUCGACAAACCUACCACAAAACACCAACGAAUACGAACUUUCAAGACGCAUUCAAUCUUACGGAUUCUGAUUCCUGCUUGUGAUACGACAUUCAAAACAAAAAGAAAUCCUAUAGAAGGGGUUUUAUACGAUAACGAUAUUAUCAUACUCGAAAACAUGUCCAACAACAUUACGGAAAUUGAUCCUGCGAUCAAGUCGGGGACGGUAUUGAAGGAUGGUCGUUAUAUCAUCAAAUCAACCCUCAACCGCGGCUCUUACGGUACUGUCGUCCUUGCCCGGGACAGAACCCUUCCAGCCCCCAACAAUCUUGUCGCGAUUAAAUGCCUCGUCAAAGACCUCGCAAACCUCUCCCAAGCCGAGCGCGACAGCGCCCUCGACGACGACGAACUCUACAUCCACCGCAUUCUCGAACGCGACCCAAACGAAUCCCCACACAUCGUCAAACUCCUCGAUACCUUCAACACCGAGACACACCUCUUCCUCGUCGUGGAGUUUUGCCCCUUGGGUGAUUUGUAUGAGAAUAUCACGAGUGGGAGGUGUCCCAAAGAUACAGAGUCCGUGAGGGAUUUGUUGUUGCAGUUGGUUGAUGCUGUUGCGUAUUCGCAUGCACAUGGAGUUUACCACCGCGAUGUCAAGCCUGAGAAUAUCUUGUUGAUGCCCUCGUCCGAGUCGGCGAGUGGUGUUACCCUCAAGCUUGGUGAUUGGGGUCUUGCUACGCAGGAAACUACCAGUGCGGAUACGGGAACGGGAAGCGAUCGUUAUAUGGCGCCUGAGCAGUUUGAUCCCGCUGUUACCGAGGUUGAGCCUCGUGCUUGUGAUGUUUGGGCCGUGGGUGUGUGUGCGCUCAAUAUCUUGUUCUCGCGUAACCCGUUCAAGGAACCGACUUCGCGUGAUCCGGUUUUCAGGGAUUGGUGCUGUGACGGAAUGAGCUUGUUUGAUGUCUUCCCGACGAUGAGUGAAGACACCUACCGAGUUCUUUCUCACUCCCUUUGCCUGGAUCCGAAGAAGCGUGAUUUGGAGAAGGUUCGGGAAGCGAUUGAGAGUGUUGUUGCGUGGACGAAUGAUGACGAGGUCGCGGAGGUUGAGGAGACGAGUUGGGAGGAGGUUGGGGUCAAUGGACCUACUGCGAACCGUGCUCCGCUUAGGACUCCGUCUUUGGCCCAGACCAUCGCGGCGAGUCAGCAGACUUCGUUCCCCUGGGCCAAGGCAUUGGAGGCGAGUGCGGCGCCGGCUCCGGCGCUGACUACUACGACUACUGUACACCAUGGUUUCUACUCUUCUUCGCCGAGCUCGAAGGUUGCUGGUGGGUUGAUUAACACUGUUGUCGAGGAGUCUCCUGAGGAGGAGCAGCUCGAGACGGAUGAGGCAUCUUCUCGUUCCACGAGUGGGGAGACCUCGACUACCAACACCACCGCUUCUUUCGAUUUGUGUCUUUCGCCCGAAAAAGGUCGUCUUGCUCAAAUGAGGUCCAAGGAGCGGAAGAAUGCGAAGGGGCGGGCUGUUGGUGGUGGACUCGCUUCCGUCGAUUCUGGAUUUGGUGGAUCGUUUGCGGGACUUGGUGCGGGCUUGUCGAGUAUCAACAUUAAGCCUAAACCGUCUCGUAUUCAGCAACUCAGAGAACAGGCGCCUCACAACCUGGGACCUCGCUCUGGCCAACCUCCCGCCGGCGCGAACGGCAACGGCCUCGGUACUGAUUCUCGCUCGUCGUCGCGUUCUUCGUCUCGUACGGCGAAGGACAAUAAGCUCGUUGCUGGAUGCUCUGUCCCCACUUUCGUCAAAGGCUCCAAAGACCACCUCAAGUUCGGUAAGAGCUGGAGUGAUUGGGUCAUGGAGGACGAAGAGGAGGAGGUGUCUGGCACGAGUGGAACGGGUGCUACGCCGAGGAAGAGUAUGCAGAGUGGGAGUGGGAGGAGGUGGUCUAGUGCUGGGAGUGACGGUGGGUUGAGGUUUGAUGAUGAGGAUGAUGAUGAGUACUUUUUGAUUGCGCCGACGUGGGAUGAUUGAGCCAACGAGGGCGGCAAUCGUGAUCGUUGGUGAUGGUUUUGUUUGUUUGGAGACACCCCUAUACCCCCAGGCUGUUGGAAAUGUGUGUUGAGAUGAGAUGAAAGAAAGUUGGUCAAAAGGAAAAAAAAGGGCCCGGAUCGAACCAUCUCUCAUUUGUCGUUUUCCUCU